GGAGAAUUCACGAACCCAAAGCCGCUGCGAGCAAUCACCCAAAACGGCGUGCCGUACAGCCGCCGUGCACCGCCGCCGCCGCCAACGCCAUCCCCCUCUCCGCCAUUGCUUCACCACUCACAGGACAUCCUAGAAUUUACAAUCCUCUCUCCGCAUGCGUGAACCGGGGAGCUAACCCGCUCGCGGAUCCCUCCUCGCUUCGCCAGACGCGACCCGCGAUGCAUCGAGCGAUGCGGCUGCGCUGCCUCCUGCGCCCUCCGAUGUCGUGGGAGCCCUUCUCCCUCUCCACCCCGGCGACCGUCGGCGGCGGCGCCGGGAGGUUUGGCGCGCCCGAUGGGUUACGGAGGCUGGGUGCGCCGCACCAGCCGUUCAGCGGAAGGCAGCGGUUUAGCCGGUUUUAUAGCUCGAAGGAGGGUGUUGGAAGCGCGGAGACGACGGCUGGGAGCGGUGGUGGUAGCGGUAGCAGCAGCAGCCAGCAGGAGCACGCGCGGCUCGGGGAGAAGGACCAACAGGAGUGGCUGAACGGCGAGCGGUUCCUCACCGGCUGCAAGAGGCAGGAGACACCGUUCCUCACCAAACGGGAGCGCUUCCGCAACGAGUUUCUGCGCCGCGCCGUGCCAUGGGAGAAGAGCAGUCUCUCCUGGGGCAACUUCCCCUACUACGUCGAUAAGAAUGCGAAGCAGCUGCUGACUGAGUGUGUAGCAUCACACCUGCGGCACAAGGAUGUUGCUUUGGAUUAUGGCUCUCGGCUGCAGUCAUCUGGUGGGAGGAUAUUGCUUCAGAGCUUGCCAGGAACUGAGCUUUACCGGGAGAGGUUUGUAAGAGCGCUUGCCCACGAGUUACGUGUGCCAUUCUUGGUUUUGGACAGCAGUGUUCUAGCUCCAUAUGAUUUUGGUGAAGAUUGUUCAGAGAACGAGGAAGAGGAUGAUCAGGCGGAAUCAGAAGAUGAAGGCUCAGAAUCAGAAGUGGAAGAUGAAGAAGAUUCAACAAGCAGCAAUGAAGCCAAGUCUGGGUCAAGUGAUACCGAGGAAGCUAUUAAAUCAAUUGAAGAAGACCUCAAGAAGCUAGUUCCACAGACUCUGGAGGAAUUUGCCAAGAGAGUUGUUGGCGCACAAGAAAAUUCUUCAGCAGCAGAAUCCUCUGGCAAUGCUGAGUCACCUGAAGAAGAUAAAAGGCCUCUCCAAAAGGGUGAUAGGGUCAAGUAUGUUGGAGCGUCAGUACUUGUUGAAGCAGACCACAGGAUCAUUUUGGGUAAAAUACCUACUCAAGAGGGAGCAGCAAAUGCCUAUACCUUUAUUAGCGGCAGAACUUUAUCAAAUGGCCAGCGUGGGGAGGUAUAUGAGAUCAAUGGCGAUCAAGUGGCUAUUGUAUUUGACCCUCUUGAGAAGAAGCUGGCUGAUGGUAAACAAAAUGAAGCUAACAAAGAGCAAGAUGCUAAACCAUCAGUUUACUGGGUUGACAGUAUGGUUCUACUCCCAAGCGUCUAUAGCUACUUUCAGCUUGUCUACUCUGCAAAUUUAACAUUGUUUUUCCUUGCACAUUUAGCUCAGGAUAUUGAGCAUGACCAUGAUAUGGAGGCAGAAGAUUGGCAUAUCGCGAUCGAAGCAUUUUGUGAGGCACUGCCAUCUCUACAGCCAGCCAUUGUUUACUUUCCAGACAGUUCACAGUGGCUGUCUAGGGCUGUUCCAAGAUCAAACCACAGAGAGUUUAUUGAAAAGUUAGAGGAAAUUUUUGACCAGCUUAAUGGGCCUUUAGUGUUGAUAUGUGGACAGAACAUACUCGAGGCAGCACCCAAGGAUAAAGAUCCGAAGGCGAUGGUAUUUCACAAUCUCGCUCGCCUGUCUCCACUGACAUCAUCCUUGAAGCGGCUGGUAGGGGGACUAAAAGGGCGGAAGCGUUCAAGAUCUAGUGACAUAUCAAAGCUCUUUGGAAAUAGAUUUUUUAUUCCUGUUCCAAAAGACGACGAGCAACUGAGAGUUUUUAAUAACCAGAUUGAGGAGGACAGAAAAAUAAUCAUUUCAAGGCAUAACCUUGUAGAAUUGCACAAGGUGUUUGAAGAGCAUGGGCUGUCAUGUGAAGAUCUUUUGCAUGUCAAGUUAGAGGGCAUUGUUUUGACAAAACAAAGAGCAGAGAAGGUCGUUGGAUGGGCUAGAAGUCACUACUUGUCAUCAGCUAUUCAUCCUUCCAUAAAGGGGGACAGGCUAAUCAUGCCCCGUGAGAGUCUGGACAUAGCAAUCAGGAGGCUAAAGGAGCAGGAGGCUUUGAGUGAAAAGCUCUCGGAAAACAUGAAGAUUUUGGCCAAAGAUGAUUUUGAGCGCAAUUUCAUUUCAGCUGUUGUACCUCCCCAUGAGAUUGGAGUUAAAUUUGAUGAUAUUGGUGCUCUUGAGGAUGUCAAGAAGACACUGGAUGAACUUGUUACUCUUCCGAUGAGGCGACCAGAGCUUUUCUCGCAUGGGAACUUGUUAAGGCCUUGCAAAGGAAUAUUGCUUUUUGGGCCUCCUGGAACAGGGAAAACACUUUUGGCAAAGGCACUUGCAACAGAAGCAGGAGCAAAUUUUAUCAGCAUAACCGGUUCCAGUCUCACAUCAAAGUGGUUUGGAGACGCUGAGAAGCUCACCAAAGCCCUUUUCUCCUUUGCAAGCCGACUAGCCCCUGUCAUCAUAUUUGUGGAUGAGGUUGACAGUUUACUUGGUGCAAGAGGUGGCACAUUUGAGCAUGAAGCAACGAGAAGGAUGCGGAAUGAAUUUAUGGCAGCUUGGGAUGGUCUAAGGUCCAAAGAGAAGCAAAGGAUUCUUAUUCUUGGUGCAACAAACCGUCCAUUCGAUCUUGAUGAUGCAGUAAUACGUCGUUUGCCUAGGAGAAUAUAUAUCGAUCUUCCGGAUGCGCAGAAUCGAAUGAAAAUUCUUAAGAUUUUACUUGCCAAAGAAAAUCUAGAGUCUGAAUUUGGAUUUGACGAACUAGCCAAUGCAACCGAAGGUUACUCUGGGAGUGACUUGAAGAACCUGUGUAUAGCUGCAGCAUACAGGCCAGUUCAUGAACUGCUAGAAGAAGAAAAGAAAGUGGGGGCUGUCGGUAGUAUGGAAACUUAUUUAAGGCCAUUAAAGUUGGAUGACUUUGUCCAAGCAAAAGCCAAGGUGAGCCCAUCCGUCGCUUUCGAUGCUACCAGCAUGAACGAGUUAAGAAAAUGGAACGAACAGUAUGGUGAAGGCGGCAGCAGGAGCAAAUCGCCAUUUGGGUUCGGCAGCUAACAUACAUCGUAGUGAUUUUUCCACAUUGUAUCAUCUGUAGCAUCAGUGUGCUCUUGUCUAGCAAUAGGAAUGAAAUCAGCAGCAUCAUAUUCCUCGUUGCUUCUAUGACAACCUUUUUGCCUGUAGCUGCCAAUCUGCUCAUUUCUACUUGCAUAGGGCAGUCAGUCUGCUCAUUUCUACACUUUUUUGACCCACCUAGAACAUAUUUAAGCAGAUGAAUGUCCCAGCAUCAAUAUUGCCGCAUAAGCGAGCACCAAAUGUUCAUGGGCCUGUUCUAUACAGCGCCCCCCUUUCGACUGUUGUAACCCUGAUCGAACUGUAAAUAGCUCAAGAUAUUCUCACCCAGAAAACGACAGGGUACCAUUUUAACAUAAAUGCCAUGUCCUUUUUGUUGUGUUUCAA